AUGGUAAUCUUGAAACUGUACGAGCUCUCAGGAAAAGUCGAAUCACCUACCUUGAAAAGUCGAUGCAACUGUCUGCAAGACGAGCUCAUUGAUUCCUCUUCGUUCAGGUUAGAACUCGAAAAGUGGGAAAUCCACACACACACACACACACAAGUUUAUGAAAAGAAAGAAAAAAAAAGAGGCCGGCUUACAACAAAGAUUAAUCCAAAUAUGUAUGCUGUACGCACUUGUGGCCCACGAUCUAGGCCUCAUUCCCCCUCUAACAAAUUAACUACAGGAUCAUAA